GGACGAGUUUACCCCUGGAUGGCCCAAGGGAAUGGCAGUGCCUAGAGGAAAUUGUCAAUUGAUACUUGCACCACGCGACGGACGGUCCAUGUUGUUGAUGUUCGUUUGACAGUUCACGUCAACGUCAACCCGUCAGUUUGUUGAUGCCGCUGGACCCAAGGCUGCUCGUGGAUUGGUUCAUGCCCCUCUUUUUUUGUCUUUGGAGCGCAUCGCAUCCGUCCAUUCUCUUGUUUCCAUUCGGGCACAUUGCUCGCUCCGCUGCUUUAAUCAGACGACGACAACUAUCGAACACUGACCCCGUUGAUCUGUCAAAGGUAGCCACGCCGACGUUGAAUAGGAACAGGGCCAAGGGGGGGAGAAUCCAAAUUCCGAGACCCGCAGACGCCAGGCUCCUCAAAAAAGUUUAGGUCCCGGUAGCUCGUUUCGUCAAAGGUUGAAGUGAGUGGUGCUCCGUGGAAGGCAACCCAGGACACCCACGACAAAUCACACAACACCAAGACCAUCUUCCAAGCAACCACACGACCUCCGCAUCGUCUGCCUGCGCUUCCGCCCUUUUCCUUUGUCACGACCAUCACGCGCGAACAUUACCGCCGACCGCGCCGAUUGAAUCGAUCAACCCGAUCCGCGACGACAGCAUCUAGAACAUCGGAAACAGCCGCAUGAGGAGUUCCGAUCUGCGCUGCACUUGACGCUGUUGGCCAAGUUGGAGAGGCUGGGUGGCGCGGUGAUACACUCGGCGCCCAUUACACCCGCGCCGGCAGCUGUCAAGUGCUCUCUUCAACGACCUACACAAUCUACACUUUUCUUUCUGUUUCCGGAUCAAAAAAAAUAGGCCCAGUUUUUGGCCCGGUGGUUUGGGUUCGCUGCCGCACCUGCCCCGUAAUUUCCUGCCGAAAAGUCGACGACUGGUUUGUCGCCGUCGCCAACCGUCGGUUGAGUUGUCUUUGUCGGUGACAAAUAUGGCGGCAGUGUCGCAGACGACGACGGCAUUCUCACCUUCUGCUGCCCAUGACACUGGCUAUCCGUGGGACCUUGCUGUGCCGGACGAAGCAGAGAACGACCUUCACGACGGGAAGCGGCUUGUACAUAACGAAAACGCCUACUCAUCCCACCGACAGCCACUGGCCCCUCAGAAUGGUAAUUCUACUCUGCACUCUACCGCCACGGGCCUAGACUCGAUUUCGCGAAAGUACGCCAACGGAGACGCUGGUUCCGAUAUGACUGCUUAUGCCACCCAGAACCACCACAAGCAAUCGAAACCCCGGAGUAUUCAGGACCACCCCAGCUCUCUGGAGAGCACGGAAGCAUUUGAUAGCGACACGAGAGGGAAUGGAUCCGAUGGUUUGCAGAGAACGGGGCCGAGGGACAGCACGCCGCCGAUAGGACAAGAGGACAAUUCGAAAUGGAUUCAUCGGGACAAGUUGGCUCGGAUUGAAAGUGAAGAGUUGCAAGCUGCUGGUAUCUUUUUGCCACGCCAAAGGGACAGGGCAAGGUCGAAGAGUCAAAACAGGACACGGAGGGAUCAGAGUCAGGACAAGCUGAACGGUUCAGGGAGGUCGAUUGGUGGUACGGAUAAUGCCUCGAGAUCUAGGAAAAACUCGGGGGCAACGACGACAGAACCCAAGACUCCAGAUCUCAACGCGAUUCCUAGUUGGGAUCUUAGACGUCCAGAGGAAAUUGUGGAAGAGGGUGACGGAUAUUGGGUGUCGACGGGUAGCGGCAAAAACACUUCGAAAAUCCCCGUGGCAAAGGUCAGCCCGGUGCCCAUUCCCAGCGAGCAUAUCGAACGAGACACUCUCUUGGCCAGGAAACGUGACGGUAGUCCCGGCGAGGACUCGAUAUCUUACUCCAGAACCCGAGGCAGAAGCGGUAGUAACGCAACCUCGCUUGGCAAACUGACACCGAGCGAGGGGACUGCUCAAUCCACUAGCCAACCGAACAAGAGAACCGAUCCAUCUCCCAAGAAGCCUGCCGGGAUUAGAAAACCAAAGGCUGCGAAUGGGGCUGCCGGACGUCCCAAGACAAGAGGUGGGCCUAGUAAGGACUCGACUAGUAGCGGGACACGGCCAUCCACGAGGUCUGCUGAGAGGGAGUUUUCCAGCAGUAGCAAGCCGAUGGAAGGAGAACCACCCUGGAUGAUCUCUGCGUACCGGCCUGAUCCUCGCUUGCCUCCGGACCAACAACUCUUGCCAACCGUAGCCAAGCGGCUAGCUCAAGAGAGGAUGGAACGAGAGGGCAAGUUUGGAAAUGUCUACGACAGAGAGUUUAGGCCACUCACCGACGAAGGGUUCUUGAAACCUCCAGAGAACAUCGCGGGACAAGAAGAGAGGGACCCUGAAAAGGAAGCGCAGGAUGAGGAGCAGGGUGACUGGCCGUUAAGGCCAGAAGUGAGGAGCCCUACGCUUGGAGGAAGAGCGAGCUCAUAUUCAACAAUGCCCAAGAUCUCAGACAAACCAACCAUGAGUCCUCUACCAAGCCCACGGACGCCAGGACCACAACCACAGACCCAGCCUCAGCCGUCGUCGACAAUCAAGGUACCGGAACCCCCUGAGGAGGAUCCAGCACCAAAGAAGGGUGGUUGCGGCUGUUGCAUUGUCAUGUAGCAGUCAUGGCAGUCUCAAACAAUCCACCAUAUGGCUCACUCUACAGACCGUCUCUGUGGCUGCACCUUUUGGUAUCACUUCUUCCAGUCCCUACCACCACCAUCAGGCAUUAUCACCAUCCUCUAUUCGACACACUUGUUCCGCGAGAAGCCAGGGCCGACUAAUGACGAGACGAUUUUUGUUUUGCUUCAGGCGCAUUCAGCAGUUGUAUUUAUCUAUCAGGUGUUACCGUUCACCGCUGCUUGUUAUUAUUGUUUGUUGUUGUUGGCCUCUCUCGUCUGUUUUCUUUUGUCUUUCACAGCUCUUCAUUUUUCGCACACACAUCGACAACGAAGCACCGCCACACACGCGCAGACAACUCUCGCAUACUCACAAUCAUCCGACCGAAUCUCUUUUUUAUUAUCAUACACAAGGCGAAAUGUUGUGUGGAAGGCAGGGAAGGGGGUGGGGGGAGGAAAUACUGUCUUUGCAGAGAUACUACACACACUCUGACUGUUGGUUCUUUCGUCGUUGCUCUUUUCUCUCUCAUGGCCAUGUUUUUGUUUCAAAUAUUUUGAGAGAAAACCUGGUUGCUAGGGGAGUAGGAAUUAAUAACAUGAAAAGAAUCAAGCUCAAGAGAAAGGAGGAGAUUGAGGUUUCUUCUCGGGUCAAACAGAUUUCUGCUCACAAGAUAUCUCUCUCACACACAGUCUCUGACACAGACACAAUGCCGUGGCCAGGUGCCGGCUGCUUGCUCUCUCUCACUCUCUCUCGCUCUCAAAAUCAUAGAAACACUUUUUAAUCAGGAAUAAAUAGGGAAGGGAACCAAUAAUUCACGCUCCAACUCUAA